GUGUAUGUAUGGAGUCGAGAAAUAGGAAGAAGACAGGUGGGUACGUAGAAAGAAUUACUCGAGAAGAGCUCAAGCUUAGGACCGAGAAUUAAUGGCUUCUCAACCAGGCAUCCUCACAGAGUGGCCAUGGCAGCGCCUUGGAAGCUACAAGUACCUGGUUAUGGUUCCCUUUGCAGUGCACAGCGUAUACAGUAUAGUGGCAAGGGAAGAAGAAGAGAGGGACUAUACCAGAAUUCUGAUACUGCCAUUUCUAUUAACAAGAAUGCUUCACGACCAGCUAUGGAUCUCUCUCUCUCGCUACCGGACGGCAAAGGGAGCCAACAGGAUUGUCGAUAAGAGCAUCGAGUUUGAUCAAGUUGAUCGAGAAAGCAACUGGGAUGAUCAAGUUAUGCUAAGUGGGAUAAUACUUUACAUAGGCGCCUCGACAAUAGAGAAGGCGAAAAACCUUCCAUUGUGGCGGAUGGAUGGCUUGAUAAUAACAAUCUUGCUUCACGUCAGUGUGGUGGAGUUCAUCUAUUACUGGCUACAUAGGGCGCUACACCACCACUUCCUCUACUCUCGCUACCACUCGCACCACCACUCCUCCAUCGUCACUGAGCCCAUCACAUCGGUGAUCCAUCCAUUUGCCGAGCACCUUGCUUACUUUUUUCUGUUCGCAAUUCCACUGUUGACAACAGUACUAACAAAGACAGCAUCGGUGACUUCCUUUGUGUUCUAUGUUACGUUUAUCGACUUCAUGAACAAUCUAGGGCAUUGCAACUUCGAGUUCAUUCCUAAAUGGCUAUUUUCUGCCUUUCCCCCUCUUAAGUACACCAUUUAUACACCCUCGUUUCACUCUCUUCAUCAUACUCAAUUUCGAACGAAUUAUGCCCUUUUCAUGCCAUUCUAUGAUUACAUCUAUGGCACCAUGGACAAGUCCUCUGAUACUUUAUACGAAAUGUCGAUCAAACGACCCGAAGAAUCACCAGGUGUAGUUCACUUGACACAUCUAACAACACCAGAAUCCGUUUACCAUCUCCGGCUUGGCUUCGCGAGGUUUGCCUCUAAGCCUUACACUUACGAGUGGUACUUGUGGCUAAUGUGGCCUGUCACACUUUGGUCCGUGAUGAUUACUUGGAUUUAUGGUCGUACAUUUACUGUGGAGAGAAAUGUGUUACAAAAUCUGAAGCUACAAACAUGGGCAAUUCCAAAGUAUAGCAUUCAAUACUUUCUUCAAUGGGAAAGGGAGUUUAUCAAUAAUAUGAUUGAGGAUGCCAUACUGGAAGCUGAGAGAAAAGGGGCCAAAGUGUUAAGCCUUGGCCUUUUAAAUCAGGAAGAUGAGCUCAAUAAGAGUGGUGAGCUCUAUAUUAGAAGGCACCCACAACUCAAAGUAAAGGUGGUGGAUGGAAGUAGUUUAGCUGUUGCUGUUGUCUUACAUAGCAUUCCAACAGGAACCACCCAAGUGCUCAUCCGAGGCAACCCUUCCAAAGUUGCCUAUUCCUUGGCCUUUGCCCUAUGUCAAAGAGGCAUCAAGGUGGCGACAUUAUAUGAGAAUGAGUAUAACAAGCUCAAGUUGGCUAUUGGUGCAGAGGCUGCAACCAAUAUAGUUCUUGCUAAGAGCUAUGCCCGUGAUAUAAAGACAUGGCUAGUGGGGGAUGGACUGAAUAAAGAAGAACAGAUGAAGGCAUCAAAGGGAACAUUGUUCAUUCCAUUCACUCAAUUUCUUCCUCAAAAAAUUCGGGGCGACUGCUUUUACCACAACACACCUGCAAUGGUGACCCCUAAGAACUUAGAGAACAUAGACUCUUGUGAGAAUUGGCUCCCAAGGAGGGUGAUGAGUGCAUGGCGAAUUGCUGGGAUACUACAUGCGUUGGAAGGGUGGAAUGUACAUGAAUGUGGCAACACCAUGUUUAGCAUUGAGAAAAUUUGGGAAGCUAGUCUUCGGCAUGGUUUUCACCCUGUUGUCGUUGCCUCGUCAAAGCAAAAGCCUUGAAGAUCACAUUCAUUUGCUUGUUUGCUUGCAGACAUAUAUAUAUGUGUUAAUUGCUGCAUCUCGAAUGUGUUUCAAGUAUUAGAUUUGUGGUUGUUCAUCUUGCACGCCUUUUAGUAUUCAUGAUUGGGUAGUUGAUUGCUACUUAAUUACGUGAAUGACUGCAACUUUGCUAUCUUCAGUCUUACAUAUAGUGAUAUUUGUAAUAUCGAUCUUCUUGUUUUUGUUUAUUAAUGAAUUCUUAGGAACUAUAUGGGUGGAAAUAUUCUAUA